UUUGCAUUAUAUUUCCAUUACCCAUAUAUACAUAAUACACAUACAUUCUCUUCAUUCACGUCAAGAGAAACCCGAGAAAAGUUAGUCCAAUUUUCUCAACAUUAAUAUUAAUAGAUAUGAGUUACCAUAAUCAUUUCUUUGUAGCUAUGGCUACCGUGUUUUAUGUCCUUUUGGUUUUGAAUGUCUCAUGCAAAGCACAACUUUCUUCCACAUUCUACAAUGCAAGCUGCCCUAACGCUCUCACCACCAUUCGCAACACUAUCCGGCAAGCGGUUUCAAGCGAACGCCGCAUGGCUGCGUCACUCAUUCGCCUUCAUUUUCACGACUGUUUUGUUCAGGGUUGCGAUGCAUCAAUUUUGCUAGAUGAGACUCCUUCAAUUGAGAGUGAGAAGACUGCAUUGCCAAAUCUUGGUUCGGCUAGAGGUUUUGAUGUCAUUGAGAACGCAAAAGCUGAGGUGGAGAAAAUAUGUCCAGGCAUUGUCUCAUGCGCAGAUAUUCUGGCAGUAGCCGCACGUGAUGCAUCAACUCUUGUUGGAGGUCCAUCAUGGACAGUUAAAUUGGGGAGGAGAGACUCCACGACGGCUAGUAAAAGUGUUGCAGAAACUGAUCUUCCAAGCCCCUUUGACACUCUCGAAACCCUUAUAUCAAGCUUUGCAAGCAAAGGCCUUAAUACGAGAGACCUGGUUGCUUUGUCAGGAGCACACACAAUAGGGCAAGCGCAGUGCUUCCUUUUCCGCGACAGAAUAUACGGCAACGGAACAGACAUAGACAGCGGCUUCGCCGCCACGCGGAGACGACAGUGCCCGCAAGACGGCGGAAACGGCAACCUGGCGCCGCUGGAUCUGGUGACACCAAACUCCUUGGACAACAAUUACUACACAAACUUGAUGCAGAGGAAGGGCCUCCUUCAAUCGGAUCAAGUCCUCCUCAGUGGAGGAUCAACGGAUAGCAUCGUUUCAGAGUACAGCGCCAAUUCUCGGGCGUUUUCAGCCGAUUUCGCGGCGGCGAUGAUCAAAAUGGGAGAUAUCGGCGCCCUCACCGCCCAAAAUGGGAUAAUCAGAACGGUUUGCAGUGCAGUCAACCAGUAAUAUUAUUGCAUUUUGCAUGCACACAUUUAACAUAUUUUAUUGAAUUAUAUUAUUAAUAGUCUAAGUUGUUUUAAUUAUUUAUUUCAUUGAUUGUAAUAAGGUUGCAUUAGUAUUGCAACAAAAUGAAUAAUACUAAUAUUUUUUUUUUUUUUCAUUUUAA